CGGUGAAAUUACUACUAGCGGACGAACCGCGGUCGUCGUACAACCGCAGCACGAAACGAUCUUCCGAAGACGUCGCACGCACGUUUACCAGUACCAUUAUACGUCUGUCCAUAACGCGUUUUUUCCCAACAACCGGAGUCGCAUCUAAUUUUUCCAGCAGUUCGUCUUUGGAUUACACGGAUAACUACUGACUACGUCUAUCGCGUCCCGGACGGCUAUGCGCUGCUGAUAGAGGCGAUCGCAAUAACCACUAGCCGACCAGCCACGAAAAACUACCAAAUGGAACCGAACAUGUGUAUAACAUUAUUGUGGUGUUUGGCAUUCGCCACGUUGACCUUCGGACAAACAGAUGUCAAUGGAUUUUAUACCAUUGUGGGUCCGAAGAUAUUGCGGCCAAAUUCGGAGUAUCACGUAGCAGUGAGUACCCAAGGAACAACAUCACCAACCACAGUAGUCGUGGACGUCGGUGGCAAACAAGAUAGUGGGGGCGUUUUGAAAGUCACACAAUUUGUUAAAGUCGAUCCAUUUUCAACGAGAAUAGUACGGCUCGAAAUCGGUGAUGUCGGACCGGGUAAUUACAAUCUAACUGCUAGAGGUUCGGGUGGCUUAGAGUUUUUUAACACCACAACACUCGAAUACGUUCACAAGAGUUAUUCGGUGUUCAUCCAAACUGACAAAGCUAUCUACAAACCAGGACACAAAGUGCAGUUUAGAGCGAUUGUAUUGAAUUACCAUUUGAAACCGACUGUUACCGGAGCUUUGGACAUUUACAUCACGGACGGUCAAGGCAAUCGUGUGAAACACUGGAGCAGAGCAUUAACUACUCGGGGAGUAUUUUCUUCAGAACUUCAAUUAUCCGAGUCACCGGUGCUUGGUGAUUGGAACAUUGUCGUCACCGUACUGGAUCAAGUAUUUCACAAAUCAUUCUUAGUGGCCGAAUAUGUUUUGCCCAAGUUUGAAGUGACCAUCGACAUGCCUGAACAUACCACAUUCAAACAAUCCGUCGUGUCUGCUACUAUUCAUGCUAAAUACACAUAUGGUAAGCCCGUUAAAGGAGAGGCCACUAUUUCGGUAUACCCGGAAUACUACAGUGAUGUCAUUCAGCCUAUAUAUCAAAACCCGUUGAGAAAAGUUAUACCAAUUAAUGGCAAAGCGGUUGUGCAAUUUGAUGUUGUUAAAGAUCUCAAUCUUAACGACGAGUUCAAACGAAUCAUCACUUUCGACGUUACUGUCGAAGAAGCUCUAACGGGUAGAUCUCAGAAUACAUCGGCUAACAUCAUAUUUCAUAACCACAAGUACAAAAUGGAACUCAUCAGAACUUCAGAAUACUUUAAACCCGGACUCAAAUAUACGGCUUUCAUUAAAAUGAGUCACCAUGAUGGCACUCCGGUAUACGAUGACAGAAAUCCGGUUAAAGUUUGGCACGGAUUCUCACAUGAGACCGAAAAGUUAGAAGAAAACAAACUCAUGUUGCCAAGAAAUGGUUUGAUUCCAUUAGUCUAUUAUCCACAGAUCAACGCAUCAGUGAUCGUCAUUGAAGCAGAAUAUUUGAACCAGAGAGAAUCGCUAUCUACGAUUUUACCGGCGCACUCAACCAGUAAUACGUUUUUGCAAGCUACCGUUCUAACCGAACGUCCUACGGUCAACAAAGAUGUUGAAAUACAAGUUAACUCAACGGAGAGUUUGCAGUAUAUAACUUACCAAGUUCUGGGCAGGGGUGAUGUAAUCGUGGCUAGUACCGUGCAGAUUCCUAACGCCGGCCAGCACACAGCCGUUAUCCGGUUCUUGGCUACGUACGCCAUGGCACCCACCGCCCACGUGAUAGUGCAGUUUGUCAAGGAUGAUGGCGAGGUAGUUGCUGAUGCCAUCGACGUAGAACUUGAUGGAGUGUUACAGAACUACAUUAACGUGGACGUGAGUCGCGACGAGGUAGAACCUGACACCUCAGUGGAUAUAAAUUUUGAAGCCAAACCAAAUUCGUACAUAGGCGUAGCUGGAAUCGACCAGAGCGUUCUGUUACUGAAAACCGGUAACGACAUAUCCCACGACAACGUAUUAGAUGAACUUAGAACUUACGACAAUGGUGAACAUUCCAAUUACAUGCCGUACCUCAGAGAUUCGUUAGAUAGACGUUCAAUGUUUUGGUGGCCUGGUUCGUAUACUGCUCACCAAGCAUUCGAUAAAUCUGGAGCUACUAUACUGACCAACGCCUACGUCAAUGAUUAUAAUCCUUGGGUGGUGUCGACCGGCCAAAGUCCAAAAUUAGUGGUUCAGUUCCAGUCGUCUGCCCAACCGGUUGUGAAACCGUAUAUCGGGCCGGGCGCCGUUGUACAGCCAGUAACGCGGCCGCCACUGGCCGGCCCAUACGCUUUCUCGCGCAUACCGGCACCAGUGUGGAACAAGCCACGCGUCUUCUUAACACACGCCCUUCAGGACACUUGGCUAUUCACUAACUUAUCCACAUGGCAAGACGGAAGAGCUUCCAUGAAAUCCACGGUGCCAGAUACUAUCACAUCAUGGGUUAUCACUGCGUUCUCGGUCGACUCGCUAUACGGACUUGGUCUUCUCGACUCCCCCAAAAAGUUAAAAGUAUUUAGACCAUUUUUCAUUUCCGUCGACUUACCAUACUCUGUGAGAAGAGGUGAGUUUGUUUCCAUACAGGUUGUAGUGUUUAAUUACCUUAACAAAGACGUCACAGCUGACGUGACUCUAGAAAAUAUUGGUCAGUUUGACUUUGCUGACACCUCCAAUGAUGUCCGAGAUUCAAAAUUGGAAUUGUAUAAACGAAAAUCCUUAACAAUAAAAUCCAAUAGUGGAAGCCCAACAUCGUUCCUAAUACAAACCAAAGAUUUAGGUUACAUCAGUAUUAAGUUGACUGCUACUAGUAAAUUGGCUGGCGAUGCUAUAGAAAAGAAGCUAUUGGUCAAGCCGGAAGGAGAGACCAUUUAUAAAAACAAAGCGAUCUUCGUUGAUCUCAGGAAAGAAUCAUCGUUUGAAAAGAACAUUACUUUAGACAUACCGAGCAAUAUUGUACCAGAUUCUGAAUUCAUUGAAAUUGGAGCAGUUGGUGAUAUUUUGGGACCGAGUACAAUGAACUUAGCAUCUUUGAUCCAAAUGCCGUUUGGAUGUGGUGAACAAAACAUGUUGAAUUUCGUACCCAAUAUUGUCAUUCUUGAUUACUUGAAGAAUACGAAACAAUUGACUACUGCUGUCGAAACAAAAUCCUUGAAAUAUAUGGAAACAGGAUACCAACAAGAAUUAACGUACCGCAGAUCAGAUGGCUCCUUUAGUGCUUUCGGAUCAGCAGAUGCCAGUGGUAGUACAUGGUUGACCGCUUACGUUGUCAAGUCAUUCAGACAAGCAAUGCCAUACAUACCAAUUGAAGAAAAAAUCAUAAUUGAGGGCCUACAAUGGUUAUCCAACAAUCAGGCAAACAAUGGUAGUUUUCCAGAAGUGGGCUAUGUAAGUCAUAGCGAUAUUCAAGGAGGAUCCUCCAAAGGACUGGCGCUUACCGCCUAUACACUUAUUGCAUUCUUGGAAAAUCAAAAGGCCACUCCAGUUUACCGCAACACAAUUAAUAGAGCCGUAGAUUAUUUAGUAAGAAACUUACCAGGGGUAGAAGAUCCGUACGCUAUAGCCAUUUGUUCGUAUGCAUUGCACUUAGCUGAUCACCCAGAGAAAAACGUCGCUUUUAACCUACUCGAAUUGAAAGCUAAUACUGUUGAUGGAAAAAAAUGGUGGAAACGUAUGGACCGUGCUAAUGAUAAAAAAAAUCCUUGGGUCCAAGAGCCUAAUUCGGUUGACGUAGAAAUGACCGCGUACGCCUUAUUAACCUAUUUGCAAAGAGGUCUUGUAGAAGACGGUCUACCUAUACUGCACUGGUUGGUGUCUCAACAGAAUGAACAAGGAGGGUUCGCUUCUAGCCAGGACACGGUGAUAACGUUGUACGCUCUUUCUCAAAUGGCCGAACGAAUUACUCCAAGUAGUCUUAAGUUAUCUGCCACAUUUUCAUACAUGAAAAAUGGACAAUCCGAACUAAAAGUAACCAAAGAAAAUGCCAUGGUGUUACAGUUAAUUGAACUCCCAAAACGCACUCGCGUCUUGAAUGUGACAGCCACUGGUACCGGAUUCGCCGUCAUCAAAGUGUCUUACAGAUACAACGUAAACGUUACUGGUGCAUGGCCACUAUUUUCGCUAGAUCCUCAAGUAGAUAAAAACUCGGAUGCCAAUCAUCUGCAGCUUUCAGUCUGUUCAGGUUUCCGAGGAGGCAAUGACAGUAACAUGGCCGUAAUGGAAGUGACACUACCCUCGGGUUUUACCGUGGACAAUGACGCGUUGCCUAGCCUCCGAUUAUCCAACAACAUCAAACGCGUAGAGACCAAAGAUGGAGAUACCGUCGUCAUGUUAUACUUUGACAAGAUGAUGGCUGAAGAAUACUGUCCAACUAUAUCAGCAUUCCAAACCCACAAGGUAGCCAAUCAAAAACCAGUACCUGUCACUGUUUAUGAUUAUUACGACCAGUCGAGGCGCGCCAGAGUUUUCUACUCACCAUUAAAGGCGACUCCAUGUGAAAUCUGCGAAGAUUCUGAUUGUUCCAAAAUGUGCAUGCAAACCGAUAAUCCCAAGUCCGGAGCUUCGUCGUAUUUCCGUAACAGUUUGCAGUUGACGAUCGUCAUCAUUUCAAACAUCUUGCUCGUUCAAUAUUUCAACUAAUAUUACGCGCAUAAAAUAUCUUUCCAUUUUUUUUUUUUAUAUACAUUAUAUUAAUUUAUAAGCAAGCGUAGUAAAGAGGAAAAUAAAUCAGUAGAUUUACACAAUAUUCCUAUUUUGUCCAACAUAAUAUUAUUUUAUAUUUUCAAAAACUCAACACUUUUUUUUUUGUAUGUGUGUAUUCACUUCAAGUGCAAUUUACAUAAUACUAUUACGGUUUAUUUUUUAUUACAAUGUUUGAAUUUCCAUUAACUUAUUGCAUUGUGUAUUGUUUUAAACAUUAUUAUUAUUAUUAUUAUAACCAUAAACAUAUAUUAUAUACAAACUUUUUCGAAACAAAAAUAGGUAGGUAGAUACUUCUGAACAAAAUUUAAAUAAUAAUUCUAUAUUUUAUACUACAGACUGGCCUACGGUUAUAAUAUUAUACUGCAUGCAAUUCUAAUCAAAUACUCCAAUACUCCUUACAUUAUCAUAGGCAAGUAUUUUAAUUUAUAGUAUUAUUAUUAUUGUUUUAUUAUUAUUAUUAUUAUUUUUUAAUGAUAUUUAAUUUGUAUUACUAUAUACAAUAUAGAUGUAGCUGACAUACCUAACUAAUACCUAUAAAUAUAUAAUAUUACUAUUUUAUAAAAGUAAAAGAAAUUUUAAAUCAAUUUAUAGUAAUUAGUAAUAAUGAACCUUACAUAUAGUAAACCAUUAUAUAUAUUAUAUCCCGUGAUUCCAAAUGAAAAUCCAGUAAAUAACAUAUAAUGUAAUUUUUUUUUUCAUUAAUAUAAAGACUGACUGACAGAUAUUAUAAAUACUAUCAAAAUAAACAAUCGAUCGUGUAGGUAAUUACUAAAUCACUAAUUAUUAUAACCAGUUUUAUUGUUUGUAAAUACUAAAUUGAAAUGGUACUUAUAAUAAAUAUAUAAAUAUUUAUAAAUAA